AAAAUAAAAAAAAAAGAAUAAGAAGAUUGUAAUAGGUUAUGUUUUUGUAUCUACUUUGUAUUUGGAUUUAGAGUUUAAACAUAUAUGAAACUUUAAAAUAUGGAUGAUAACUUCCCCCUUCUGCUUUCCUGUAAAACUUUAAAGCCCGAGUUUAAAAUAUUCCAUGAAAUUCCUUUAAACGCAAAUGAAGUCUCCAUCGGUCGUGGGCUUAAUAACUCAAUAGUAUUACCAUUAUUAUCAAUAUCAAGAAACCACUGCACCAUUAAAAAAGUAAAUGAAAGCUGGAUAUUAUUAGACAAUAGUGCAUUUGGUAUCACCGUUAAUGGAAUUCCAUUAGGCAAAGGUGCUACAAAAGAACUUCGAUAUGAAGAUGUGGUUGUUUUGGAACCAACAGAAGAAUUUGUUUACAAAUUCACAAACCCCUCAGAAGAUUUUAAAAUACCAAGUAAAAGGAUAAAACUAGAACAUGUAGAUGAUAAAAAUAUUUUGCAUAAUGUGAAACUUAAAUUUGAAGAGUCACAAAGUUAUGAAAUUAAGCAUAUUGAAGAAAAAAUUCAAAAUGCUAAAAACAUGCAAGAAUCUUCAAAAAUCAUGAAAGAUAAACUUCAAUCAGAACUGAACAUUAAGAUCGAGUUAGUUGAAAAUGAUUUUGCAUCUCAAAUUGAAAAUUUAAGAGGAGAAAAAAAUGAGAUUGCAGAACAGAAAACCAUUCUUAUAGCUGAAAGAGACAUGCAGCUUGCAUCACUAAAAAAAGAAAUGGAAGAAAAAAUUGCAGAUUUAAUGAAUCAAAUACAGAAACACCAUGAAACAGAAUCAGAAUUGUUAAAAGAAAAUAGUAACCUGAAAGAAAAGCUACUAAAAGACAGAACAGAAUUUCUUGAUGAACUGAACAAAGAGAGUUCAUCGAAGCAAGACAUGUUGGAGAAACUUGAAGCUAAAUUGCGAGAACAGAAAGAGGCCUGCUUGAAGGAGAAAGAAGAAAUGGAACAGAAGCUUAAAAACGAAACUGAGCAACUAAGAUUAGCUAAAGAAAAGGAGCUAAAACAGUUGGAAGAAUUGAAGAAGCAAAGAGAAACAGAACUGCAGCAAGAAUUAAAUGAUAUAAGAAAAGACCUUGAACAGCAGGUCCAAAAAGCAGCACAAGAAAAAAUCCAAGCAGAACAGAUACUUAGUGAAGAGAGGAAGAAGCUUACUGAUGAGGAGAAAGCCAAGAUUGAACAACUGCUCAAAGAAAAAAAUGAAAUACAGAGGAAAUUGAAAGAUGCCCAAGAAAACUCUGACAAAGCUAUGGAACAAUUGAAGAAUCACGUGGCAACUAGGGAAACAGAAUUAGCUGCAUUAGCAGCGGACAGAAUUCAAAAACAAACGGAGCAAUCCAGCCAUGUCAUCAUCUCACUGCAAGAACAAUUAGAAAGUGUAAAAAAUCAGCUUAAGUCAGUCGAAACCGAGAAAAACGCUUUACUUGAAAAUAUGGUUACUGUAGAUAUUGCUAAGGAGGGCUCUUCAAAAGAGACGGCUCUUGCAGAAGUUGGAGAACUGAUGGAAAACGAAUUACAAUGCAGUAUAUGUGCUGAACUUUUUGUAGGAGCAACAACUCUCAACUGUUCACAUACAUUUUGUAAAUAUUGCAUUACUAUGUGGAAAAAAAAGAAAAAGGACUGCCCUAUAUGCAGAUCUGUAAUAUCAUCAGAAUGUAAAAGUUUGGUGCUUGAUUCAUUCAUUGAGAAAAUGGUCCUGAAUCUCACUGAAGAUAUGAAAAGAAAAAGAGAAGAACUGCUAAAGUCAAGAGAAGAACUCGAGACAAAACUAGCGUGUCAGCUCAGCGCGGGGACCAGCCGAAGAAGUCACAGCUAUGAUGAAUCCUACUCGAACUCGGACUCCGAAUUCUUCGAGGAGGGGGAGGAGGAGGAAUUAUACGAGGACUACGACGAUUACGACACCUACUGGCCGUUCCGCAGGCGCUACUACGACGAUUCGUCCGAUUCAAACAGUGGAUCUGACGAGGUUGCCGAUGAUUCCGAUGAACUUGCCGGAGCGACCGCCGGUGAUACCGCUGCCGUCGACAAUAGCGCCGCGGCCACAGAGAGCCCCAACGCAACUGUUUCGAAUAGUACAGACGGGAGACCAAACGCUAAUGGUUCUAGUGGGCGAAGAGGGAGGGUCCCAGGGCUCCCGGGCGCGUACUACGGCGGUUACGGGCGCUGCUACAGCUGCGGCGCGCGCGGACACUGGGCCCCCGGCUGCCCCAACCGGUAGCACCCGGUAGCGGCGCAACAUUCUACACCUUAUGGCCUGCGCAGAUCAGGGAACUUUGCCCUCUCAGGUUCGAGUGGUCUAGAGGCUCCAGACGGAGAGGACUCCCCCCGCGGGGAGAUGCCAUCCGCCUGGAAUACCUCUAGAGGCACUCGCCAAUUCUCGUCUUGAGGUCCCCUUAGGAUCUCGCCGUCCCCAAACCCGGUGACGCUGUAAAGGUCAUCUGCGACCAACAGCAUACACUCAAAAAAAAAACAGGGAACUUUGCCCGCGGAAGACAAAAAUCCCUGAAUCGUGAAAAAUAUGUCCGCCGAGAAUAACACAAACAGUGCGCGGACAUUUGUCAACUGAAGAUUUAGAGAAGCGCGCACUAUGGAAGCAAAUAUUCUGAGAUUACGUUGUGUUGUUAAUGAUAUGAAGUUAAAGAAAAAGAGGAGACGUUUUAAAAGAUAAUCUGGAUCGCUGUCUCGCUCGGUCCGAUAUAAAGGGAUGGUACGAUGUAGAGGCCGAUUGCGCAAAGCAGAUUGAAGUUCGUUGUAUGCGUUGCAACCUUACUUGGUCCACAGUCCGGUCUUUUGUUUGGGGGACUUUUUGUAAGCGGUACUUUUAAUUCCUCGUGUGCGCAACUCGAUGCGUGAUGUAAGCGAUCUUUUUUGAGGGAAAAAAAGUUCCUCGUCUGCGCACGCCAUUGUCAAUACGUAUGCGUCGUAUAACUAACUGCCUGCAGUGCCACUCGAUUUAUAAUAAAGUGCAUAUAAGGGCACCGAGUUUUCUAAGUCGCAACAUUACGUGAACUUCGUUUAAAGAAUUUGGUGAUUUACAAAAGUUAUAUCAUGUUAAAGUUAUAUACUACAUCGUGUUACUUACUUUAGUGAUAUGAACGUCAGAAGGAAUAUUCGUUAGUAGUUACAAUACAAAAUAAUAAAUGAGCAUGUCAAACAGCAUUGUGUGCGUAUUAUCAAAACAAAAGAAGCUCUAUAAGUGUAUGAUUAAUUUUUAAAAAUAUAAUUUUCAGUCUGAUUAAAAUGUUAUGUUUUGAUGAAAUAUGGGAUUUCUGUAUCUGACGGGCACUAGGUGGCAGCACCUAGGCGAGGUCCACGCAGACAUAAUUUAUCGCAGUCACAAUAUUGCAAAACAAGAAGAAGAAUAUAUAAGAAGUCCACACAUCCGACAAAGCACUUUAAAUCUAUGCAACUUCCUCUAAUACAAAUGGUAAACAAACCAAUGUUUCUAAAACUUUUGACCGAGAAUAAAGAUGGCCGGUGUAACCAGACUGAUGACAAAAUUUCACAUUGCAACGUAAAUAAUUUGCUUAAUCACUACUCUUCAAUUUAGUAGUAUUAUAUUGCGUUCAAAUUUAGAGAACAGCUAUCUAUAGUUUUAGGUCCUUUUCCGUUUUCAUUACGAUUUUAUGUGGGUUUAAAAAUUCUUCCUAUUGAAAAUCUAUUUUAUGGUUUGUUUCCUUUUUGUCUCAGGGGAAGUUGAAUAGUGAUUGAAAUUGGGCCUGAUACUGACAUGAAUCUCCAAGUUAUUUGACAAGAUAUUUUGUUGUAGCUAUUAAAAUGUAAUUUAAUUAGCGAUACUAUAGAAAACGCCAAGAUAGUUGCGUAAUUUGUUAUACCAAAGGGGCACUUACCUGAUAUCACACCUUCGAUCUAGUAAACGAGACGUCCGAAAAGAAACUCUAAUUCUGUCGCCGUAAGGAACUAACACUACAUGUCAGGGUCACAUUCUUUCGUUGGCCGCACAAGCAUAGAGGUAUAAGAAUAGAGUGGGGAAGGCGGCUCUAAAAGUGUCUGUCUAGUAGAAAGAGAAAGAAGAUGAGAGACCGCUAGCUAUCUCUCUCUCUCUCUCUCUUGUGACGUAUGCGCAGUCGUCUGCCCAAUAGUUGUUCCAAACAUCACAUCGGAAUAGUAAGAUGCUUACGGUUGCCAAUGCGCAUGUGUGAUUAGAAAGAAAGCUAGCGGUCUCUCAUCUUUCUCUUUCUAUUAGAGGGACACUUCCACUUAUAGUAGAGUCUUUAACUCCCCUACUCUAUUCUUAUACCUCUAUGCGCACAAGUGUUUACGAAUGUAAACCAUAGAAACUCUACAGAUCAAAUGAAUCUUAGUCUGUUUCAUUAAAAUAAUGUUACUUACACUAAUUAUAAAUUUUCAAUCAUAUGUAUAUUGUUAUAUCCGAGAUUGUAUUUAGGCAAUGAUUUUUAUUACAAUUCCAUUAUAAUUUACAUUAGAG